CCCGCAGGGGGUGGCAUGGCGGAGAAGGAUGACACCGGAGUUUGACGAAGAAGUGGUGUUUGAGAAUUCCCCACUCUACCAGUAUCUGCAGGAUUUGGGACACACAGAUUUUGAAGUAUGCUCAUCUGUAUCACAGAAGGCAGAGCAAUGCGCGGCAGCGGAGAGCCAAAGAGAGCGGACUUUGCAUGCUGUCCAGAAACAAGGCAUCCUGUCAAAACUAGUUGAGUUCCUUAGAAGCUGGUUUCCUCUUCCACAGUACAAGAAAAAUGAUGACCUACUUCACCGACUAGAUGUUGGAUUUCGAUUUGACACGCUCCGUACCAUCCUGCAACAGGAAGUUCUGCUGCAGGAGGAUGUGGAACUGAUUGAGUUCCUUGACCCCAGUAUCCUGUCUGCAGGGCAGUGUAAGCAACAGGAAAAAGAACGGCUUCCAACGCUACGCUCCCUAGCAACUCCUAAUAUUUGGGAUGUCGCGCUGUUGCUUGCCUUUCUGAGUGCACUGCUUGUGCUUCCUUCGUGGUGGAAGGAAUCAUCCUGGCUGCUGUGGGGACUAGUUCUGCUUGUCUAUGCAGUCUUCCGAGUGUGGGGCACAUGGAGGACAGCCAAGCUGCAAAUGUCUCUGCGAAAAUACUGUAUCCAGCUGGAAGAGACAGUGGCAAAUAGUCGAGCUUUUACUAACCUUGUGAGGAAAGCUCUACGACUCAUUCAAGAGACUGAAGUAAUUUCCAGAGGAUUUACCCUUUUGCUUGACAGGGUCAGUGCCGCUUGCCCAUUUAAUAAAGCUGGACAACAUCCUAGUCAGCACCUCAUUGGUCUCCGGAAAGCUGUUUAUCGAUCUGUCAGAGCCAACUUCCGAGCUUCAAGACUGGCUACUCUAUACAUGCUGAAAAACUACCCUCUGAAUUCAGAGAGUGAUAACGUGACCAGCUACAUCUGUGUAGUCCCCUUCAAGGAGCUGGGUCUGGGACUGAGUGAAGAGCAGGUCUCUGAAGAGGAGGCACACAACCUCACCGAUGGCUUCAGCUUGCCUGCACUCAAGGUCCUCUUUCAGCUCUGGGUAGGGCAGAGUUCAGAAUUCUUCAGGAGGCUGGUGCUGCUCCUCUCCCCCUCCAACGCAUCCCCCAAGCCCUUGAUCUCCCCCGAACGGCUGCCUCAUCAUAUCUUGUCAGAUGUGACCCAAGGCCUACCUCACACACACGCUGCCUGCUUAGAGGAGCUGAAGCGAAGCUACGAGUUCUAUCGGUACUUUGAAACUCAGCAUCAGUCGGGCUUUGAGCGGUCAGCCAGAGCAAAGCAGAAGUCCAGGGAGCUGAACAGCCUUCAGACAGCGGUACGCAGCUUGCAGCUUCAUCUCAAGGCCCUGCUCAAUGAGGUAAUAAUUCUUGAGGAUGAACUUGAAAAACUUGUUAAUACUAAGGAGACACCUGAGUUGACAACAGAAGCCCAUCAGGUUCUGGAACAAAAACUAAAGUUUAUUCAGCCUCAUAUCCAGGCAAGCAACAGCUGCUGGGAAGAAGCCAUUUCUCAGGUGGAAAAAAUGAGUGGAAGAAACCCGAAUAAAAAAGGCAAACCUGAAGUUUCCUGUGACAGCCUACAGCACACUACAGUACCUUUAACACGGCCUGCCAUAUACAUAGAAAACAAAGAUCCAAUCCCUGAAGAGCAGGAAUUGGAAGCAUAUGUUGAUUAUUCGGAUACAGAGAAUGAAUACAAAAGGGAAGAUUUUUACUGCUUUUCCCAGGAAGAAAGAGAGAGACAAGAACGAGAGAGACAGGAAUCUAAGAGGGUGUUACAAGAAUUGAAAUCUGUACUGGGAUGUAAAGCUUCAGAAAUAGAAAGACAGAAAUGGAAACAGCUGUUAUUCAGCGACCAUGCUGCAGUGAAACCCUUGUCUCCUGUAGAACCACUGAAGCUACUAAAUAAUUUGGAAUCACAUAUGAAUUCAGAUGCAGAAAAGCAGGACUGCAGCCAAAGUUGUGAUAAAUAUGAAGAAAAAUACUCUGAUCCAAAAGUGAAUGCUGCUGAUAAAAGCAGGACAGAAUAUUUGUAUGAAGAACCUGAGAAGGAGAAAAACAAAGACAAUACUACUGGUGAAAGUGUUUCUACAGGAGCUGAAGAAAGAACGUGUUAUCAACAUGAAGGGGAAGCUGAAGAACUCAAGGCGAGCAAUAUGGAUGGAGAAGAGGUGUCCCAGUCUCUCUCUAAGGAUGCAUUGUAUUCAAAGAUCAAGCAGAGGCUGGCCCAGCUCCACAGAUCAACAGAUUUAAACUUCACAUCUGGUCUGGCUGCACAAGUUGCUGCCAGGUCCUUCACUUUUACUACAAUGCAAGAAGAGACUUUUGGAGAUGAGGAAGAGGAGGAGGAAGAGGAGGAGGAGGAAGAGAAGACAGAGGAGCUGGAAAACCUUGUGGAGGACUGUGAGAAUGAAGAUAGAGGCUCUGAAAGUGAAGGAAAAGUAAAAGUCUGAGCUGAACUUUGUUAAAAACAAUAGCAGGCAAUUUGAUGGAAAAAACUAAGGUGGGGUGUGAAGCUGAAAUACUUGAUGGAAAAAAAGGAGACCUAAAUAUAAUACAUCUUGUUCUCUAAGUCUAAUACACAAAGUAGGACUUCUAAGUGUAGUGAAGAUUUGCAGGUAAGAGAAGUUUAGGCUGCCUCCAAGAAAUCGUUGGCUGUUGCCUUUUUUAAGAUCCUAGUGGUGGGUUUUGGAAUUUACCUUUGUGUUUUCUGUUUUAUUUAUUUGUAUUAUAAUGUAUUGUGUUCUUUUUCUAAAAUGAAGGAAAAACAAUGUCUUGAAUUAUAACAGACUCCAGUUUUUGCUUUUUGAUUCUGUUGUCAUGGUAUCAAUGUCAGUUCCAACAGAAAAGCCAGGACAUUUCUUUUGGAAGAACCUGAACUGUUCCCUGUGAUCUUCCCCCACCACUUGAGUUUCCCUUCUUGUGUCUGCAGUGUUGGCUAAGCCACCGUAGGCAUUUGUGAUUCUGUGGCUAGUGACGUGGCUCCCAACUAAAAUGUAGACUUUAAAAUAAAAACUUGAAAGAGCUAGUAUGUGAUGUGUCCUGGGGUAUGGGGCUGAAACAGUGUAAAGUUAGUCAUGCUUCAUGUUAAGGUUUAUUUAGAAUUUUAUGAAGGGUUAAUAAAUGAUUUCUAGAUGUUGUAAUUCAUGUUAGAGAAAUGAGUAGUAUAUGUUAGGGAGAGUUAUAAGCACAUUAGUAGAAAGUACAAUAGAAAGCUAGGAGCUGUCUGUUGCUUUGAUAAUAGAUGAGAAGUAAAUACCUAUGUACAGAAUCACAGAAUGUUGGGGGUUGGAAGGGACCUCUGGAGGUCAUGGAGUCCAACCCCCCUGCCAGAGCAGGACAUUUAUUAAAACAACUAUGAAUUAUUUGUUAACCUUUUGUAAACUGAACCUUAAUAGAAUUGUUUUAUUUGAUAUAAUGAUUGAUUGUACAUUUUUGUUUAUGUCCUGAAGUAAUUUUCUUAAAGCAAAAUGAUCUAAGUGCUUAACAGACAGUAUUUUGUUUCACCAGCAUACUUGCUUUUCCCUAAUGUUCCUUCAUUUUUCCUUAGGUCACAACUAUUACCUGUGUCAUUAAUAAUCCAUGAAAGAGCAAGAAUUGCAUAGUUUCUAAGGUGUAUCUUGUAACUUAGUUGACACUCAAGUCUGGAUACUUGGUAUGAGGUUAUAUGGGUUGUUUUUUUCUCUGUGGUGGUGUUAGGAGGAGCAGCAAACUGAUGCUCACCUCACAGAGGAGCUGGUUAACGGCUUCACUGCCUUUGCUUCCUUUUGCCCUCUGACACAAAAUGAAGCAAAGGUCUCAUGUCUCUGAUGAAGAGGUGACUCUUGGUAUGGAAUACUCCACUUGGACUUGGAUACAUUUCCAGUCACAAAACACCUCACUGGCUACUUAGGGUAUUUAUUGCCUCCUCCUGCUCUAUAAGAAUAAAGAAGUUAUUAGAUGCAAGUGGUUCAGAGCAGUAUUUCCUAGGAUGCUCUCAUGGGAAGUGGGGAAGCUAAUGAAAGUCAGCAGGUGAGGGUGGAACUCUUGACUGUAUGUCAGUAAACAAGUGCUUUCUUUCAGCCUCCUGCUCUUCUAUUAGUGAUUUUGUAUGAAUGCUGCUAACUGCAUGGAUUUUCUCACAAGACCAUAAAGAGGUAAACAGCAACUGAGCGAGAAGGGAGUAUGUGACUGUUCUUUCACAAUAUAAUGCCUGUCUUCUCCCUCACAAACAGAUUUUGGGAAAAGAAUGUUUUGCCAUUCUUCAUUAACCAGUAACACUGUGUUCUGUGCCCUUAAUUUUGUGUGACUGGAAGCUGAAUGGAUGAUGUCUUGGGGAACUUAUAAAAGGAAAAAAGAUGCUUGUCUUAGUGUAUUUAGAAGCUAAGCCUCUUCUUAGUGGUAGAGUAUAUUCUUCUGUAACCUGAAAAGAUUAGGCUAAGAUGAUGAAACACUGUUCUAUUUUCUCUGUGAUAAGCAAUUUUUUAAUCAAGUCUAGAAAAACUGCUUUGCAUAAGUUGUGUUUGAAGCAUUGUCCAUGCUUCUGAAAAAGAAGUCUUCCUCAUCCUUGACUUGAGAUCCUUGAGUUCACAAAGUGCCCAGAUAUUUUUGUUCCUAAUUAAUUGUUCUGACUGUCUAAAUGUAUCUUUCACUAAUAUUUUCCCAUUAACUCAUCCAGUAGCAUCUCAUGAUCUAAUGUUGUGUAUCUCAGAGCUGGUACUCCUGACCUCUUCCCAUGGGUUCCAAAUCUUAGUUUACAAUGUGUAUGGCUACGAUACCAACUUGGAAACACAAUCAGAUGUAGGAUAUGAAUUACCACUGUCAUCAGAGUUUUGGAUAAAGUCAGUAGUAGCACGAGUGCUUUGCGUUGCUACUAAAAUAGGUUUCAGAGCUCACAUUUAUCAAAGUUCUUAGCUCUUUAUUCCUUUGCUGCAAUCCUUAGCAAAAGACCUGGAGAAUCUCCUCUGGCAGCUCACUUGGGACCUAGUUCUAUAAUGAGCUGGUCUCGGUGAUUAAACCAGCCUAAGAAACCCCAUCAUGAGUUGUUCAUUUUCACCCAUCAGCUGGGUCAACACAGGUGUUUGUGGCCGUGUUAAAAACGAGCUCACUGAGUCCACUUGGGUCAAAAAUCCACCCUUUUCAAGGGUUAUUUUUCACCAUUGUUUUUGCAGUGAUGCAGCAUUUUUUGCAGCAUUUACCUCCCAACAGCUGUAUCAGCACAUGCUGUGUUGCUGGCAGGAGACUGAGGAUUGCACACAUUUACAUUACUGGCAAAAAUGGUGCACUGUGAAAUUACAGCCUUGACAUUAGACAUGGAUAUGAUCAAAGUAUGACUUUUUGGAGCAAAUUCUGAUCCUAUUUUGAACAAACAGAUUUUCUACAAGCAAUUUGACUGAUAUGCAUGGUCUUACUUAAUGCAGUUUUAGAAGCUGCACAUAUGAACACCUGGGCUCACUUGCUUUCUCUGCCUCUCAUCACAUCUACAUGUAAAAGCCAUCAGGUCAUUUAUUUUAUUUAAUGCUCUCCCUGCAGAAGAAUAUGGCUAAUAGUGCACAGCACACAAAGCAUGGCUUCCUUUGAUUUGAUCACCAGGUUCCAUCUACAUAUAAGUAGUCUGUUAUAACCCAUCUUUCCUCAUUAUCAUGUCCUUUGGAAGGACUGUGCGUACAGGCUGUAGAUUCCUUCAAGUACCCAACAGAUUUCUUGGUAAUCAUAAUUUAUUGUUGCAUUUAAAUGAGCACACUGAAGUAUGCACUAGCACUAAAGAGUUGUGUUAAUAUAUUGAGCAUGUCAAGGUCUGAGUGCUGUCCUGUGUUCUUUGGCUCAUUACCCUAGAUAGGGAUUCUUGUGAAAACUGAACAUUUACUUCUUACAGCUUGGUAACUUUUAAAAACAUGUUAACCAGGAAAUCCACAGUAAAUAAUGGGUUAUGCCAAAGGAUAUCAACAGCCAAAAUUCUUUGUGAAGUGCAGAGCUAACAUUCUGUGCUUUUUUCCUAUUCCAUUUCCAAUUAACAGCUCUGUGAAGCCGUAGAGAAACAUUUAUUACAGGGUUAAAUAAUUUCUUCUCCUCCUGCCCUACCCAGAAGGCACUGCAAAGAUGGCAUUUGCUUCUGAGGCUGGAUUGUAACCUAGCAUUACAUGGUUUAUGUCACUUAACUUUUACAGCUGGGGAUCUACGUAAAGGCUUCAAUGGUGGCAAUGAUCUGUGAUAAGAAGAUGACUUGUCCCUUUUUUUAUGUGUAUGUCUUUGUGACAGACAUGAAACAGUGGUGUAAUGGAAGUAAAUUUUGAGGAUUAUGGAUAAUGAAGAAUCUUUCAAAUUGAGUCAAAUGAGCCUGUGUCAAUCAAAUAUAAGCAAGAUUUGCAAACACUAAGGCUUCUGCUGUCGGUUGCAGUAAUGAGAUAGUUUAACUCCUGAAAGAGGAUUACUAGACAUCACUGAAUCUUGCACUUAGUUAUCUAAAUACAAGAUGAAAUUGGGUAGAGUAGCCAGUUUUACUGAGUUUUCAGACUGUUUUAGGCUUAUGUGGGGAAGAAGAAGAACCGUUUCCCACAGACUUUGUCCUGAGCACACGCAUCUGUGCGUGACCCAGCUGUUUGUGUGCGAUGCUGGAAAUGGUGGAUCUGAAGUGCAGAAUUUGCAACUGUCUUAAUUUCUUUGCUAGUCAAAAAAAACACCUAAACAGUGGACUGUGUAGAGUUGUUGGCCCACACUGAACUCUGUCAUCUUGCAGUCCCUUGUUUUUCUUUUUUUCCUUUUUUUAACAGAAACAAGGGGUCAAGUAUACUAAACAGCCCCGAUUUUUAAAGUAUUUAGUGAAGGGCCACUGUUGCUCUGCAAGUGACUUGUUCCCCAGGGCUAAUUACUCCUUAGAAUUAACAGAUUUUUGUACUGUCUCCUCUGAAAAAGUGGGCAGAGGGUAAGAAAGGCACUUGGUCAGUGUCAAGGGUCUGGCUACUCUGGGAUCUUGUCUGCAAUGGGGACUAAUAGCAGAUGUUGAGGGAAGAGUAUGAGAAAAGGGAGACCAUGUAAUGAUGUUUCCCCAGGCUAAUCCUCAAUAAUUUGUGGCUUAGGGACUUCUUGAGCCAGUGGUGGUAACAGUCAGCUUAACAAGUCUUGAUGGAAUCCUUUUCCAUACAUUUGUUCAGUCUUAUGUUUGGUCAGUUAUUACCAGUCCCAAUGCCAGCGCAUGCUCAUCUUUAUUAGUCUUUUACAAACAAGAUUUGUCUAUAAUGGCUUUUAAUUUUCUUUUUUAAACUGAGCAAGCCCACCUGUCUCAGUCCUUCCACAGAGGUCAUGUUUUCCACCUUUUGGUUGCUUUCCUUAGAAAUCUGUCCAGUUUUUUAAGAGUAAUGGCCCAAGUGUGGUGCAGUACUACAGAUAUAACCUCAGCAGUGCUGAGGAUGGAGUAAUAGUCACCUCCCAUAAAACACUGAACCAUUCAAAUAUAUUUGAGUCCAUCCAGGAAAGAAGUCUUUUCAGAUCUUGUACCCCUAGCUAUUAGGAUGACAAAUGAAAAUAUUUGGUCUGAUGGAAGAGAAAUAUUUAUUCACUGUCAGCAGGAUUUGGCUGGACAAUGUUUUUCUUUGUUAACAAAACAAAAAGUUGUUAUAUCAAAAUGGUCUUCCAACAGCUGCCACCUGGUCUAACACAAACAAAAGGUGCCAAACAACACUUGUUUAAAUUUCAGCUUGACUUUUCAGAGCUGUUCUGAUCUCUGAUCAAUAAAUGUGUAUCACAAAAUAUGUUAUCACAUGAGAAUAUGGAUAUAUGGAUAUCAGAGAUCAAGCUGAAGGCUUCCGUGGCUGAUUUUUUAAAUGCUUGGAGGUGUGCUUUAUUAAUAUUCUAAUGAUAUGUAAUUGCCUCGUGUAUGUGGUUUUAUUUUACCACCUUGAAUUUUAAAUGUCAAAACCCACUUUGACUUACUUGACUUGGAAAUUUGUGCAGUGAUCAGAUCAGUGGUAGUGGUACUGUAACUGUGGUAACAAGACAUGGACAUUAGUCAGGGGUAAAAUCUACCUACUGUGAACUUUGCUUUGUAGAUGGAUACAGCAAUACAGUUUGAGCUACGGAUCAGUAUGUAGCUGUUCUUGAUGUUCUGCCUGACCUUUCAUGCUGCCAUCUCUUAUGUUACUGGCAAGUUUGUCAGAAUAAAAUUGAACCCAACAAAUUGAAUGCUCUGUUAGCCAAUUUUGCACUUUCUGACUUGAACACAGGACUCUGAAGAAGUGACUGUAGUUUAACAGAUGAGGAAAAAGGGUUUGUUUCUCCAUUACAAAGUGAGUUCUUUUAAAAGAGUUGAAUAGGACCAAAACUCAAAUACUUUCACAUGAUCAGCAGAUUUUUUACCUUUAUACCUUCUCAGCUUUAAAUCUUAAAGGCCUCAUGGACAGUCUGCUUUAGGGGAUGCAGCUCUAUAGCAGCUUAAACCGAUCCAGGUCCAGGCUGCUGUGGCCCUGCUAUGGCCAUGCAAUCUCAGGCUCUCCUUUAGGCUGACUUUGGUAACCACUCAGUGAUUUAGGACACAGAUCUGGCUGAAAAUGCACGACUGCUAUAACUUUCUGCUGGCUCCUUCAACUAAAUCAUUGUGUGGCUGCAAGGGUACCAAUAGCACCUCAGGGGAGCAGGAGGGCAAACAUGCCAGCAUGAUGAGGAAUGUCAUAGCUCAAAUUUACAUCAGUUUCACUUAAUGUUUACAUGCUGUGAGUUGACAUCAUUAGUCUGUACCAAAGUGGGAUAAACUCAACCCCAUAUGUUCCUCCCCUCAUCUCUCCGUAUUUUAUUUUGAUUGAGGAUGAUGCUACUGAUUAUUUUCCUCAUUCAUUUUGGCCUCCAUUUUUUUUGCACUUCAGGUCUAGGCUGCCCUGUUGUGUUUUACUCCACAGAGUCUCUAAAAGCUCUUUAUUCUACUGCCGGCAGAACUGAAACUAUCACACAUGCCUUUUUCUCUAUCCUGCUUACUUUUUUUACCUUCCUGGUCCCUGUGGCACCCACAGGCACCCUUUGCCACCACUCUUAAGAUUUUCAAUUUUAAAAUAAUACACAAGUUGGGUUUUUGUGUGUUUGUAGCACAGCGUGAUUCAUCUGUAUCUUCAGCAUCUGAAUGACUAGAGCUAGAAAUGUAUACUGACUAUCCCAGUUGACUUGAGACCUAAAACAGAAGGUGGACACCACAGUGGGGAGUACUACAGUCAAAACAGAAAUAAUAAUGUAUGGCAGCUCAAAUUUAUACCACCCUUUUGGUGUAUAUUGGCUUUUAUACAUAAUUCUGGCUUACUGAAAACCACCAGUUGUGUUUUAGAAAUAACUGCAAUUCUAGUACAAGGUCCCAAAAUAAGUGUCAUUCGUUGGCUUCAUCUGUGCUCAAAUCACAGUAUUUAAACACUGCUUCCUGACCUUCUCCAGCUGCAUGGAGGAGAACUGAAAACAAUCUCAUAUCCAAAUAGAGCGUGACCAAUGCUUUCCGUUACUUUGUGCUAUUAAAAAGGGGUCCAUUCCUAAAUAAACAAAAAGAGAAAUGUCAGUGUUUAAUAUCUUCAGUAGUCAUUACUAGCAGAGAAUCAUGCAUUUGAUCUCAAUAGAAGCACCAUAAAUGAGGGCUGUUUAUAAUCUUUGAUACCUGUGUUUUUAUAAGAAGAAGAAAAGGCUUUAAAUGUAUUGUGGAAUAAAAGCCAGAAUUCUGUGAAUUGUCCUCCAGAUCUUUCAUCCAAAGCCACAUCUGGUCGAAUUUAAACAAGUUCAUGAUGUCUCUUCCUGCACUGCUCACUAUGACAUUGCACUCAAACUUUAUGUCCUAACAUGAGUGUUCACAGUCAGUCUGCAUGCACCUGUGUGCUCGAGGUCUGCAGAGCUUGCAGAGAUCAUGGAACAAUUCUGAGUGACACCAAUACAGGAGCAGGAUGUCUCAAAAGGACUUUGGGUUUAUUUUCUCUGUCUUGCUCCAUUGCAGCAUCCAUGCCACAUGCGAUCCCACUCAAACAUUUUUUCUCCUUAGCUUUCUUCUUCAUAGACCAUACAAACCAAUUGUGGAGGGUUUUUUAAAUUUGUUUCUUGCCUAGGUUACUAUCUUAUUAUGUGCCAGGUACAAUAUUUCCAAUAGAAACUUAAAACAUUAGUGGCCACACUGCAAAACACGGGGCCUGGGCACAAAAGGGCUGCCAAGGUUCUUUUGGUUUGACCACUUCUGGAAAGGUUGUAUUGAGGUGAUAGACUAUGGGGGCACUAAGUUAGGUUCAAGGACUCUGCAGCUGUCUUUCAAAGCUCCAGUUUUUGCUAGGUCUGUUCUUUCCUCCAGUGGUCUCUCUCUUCCUUCUUAGCAGACUUCAGUUCUUCUCAAGCAUUCCGCUGCCACAUCUUCAGGAACUAGGCCACUUCUUCCCUUAAUUUCUGAACCCAUUGUCUAAACUUCAUGAAAUGCAGAUUAGAGGGAAUCCACACCAAGGCACUGCUACCCUCCUAGUCCUUCCUGGACUUCAGAACAUCCACCUGCAGAAAUUUCCCUCCUUAAUGAUCAUAAGAUGGUCAUAUCUCCUUAGCAAAACUGAUCCUCAUUUACAUGAGCUUUACUUGUUCUUCCCAACAGGAGGGUGGCACAAUCAUGGUUGAGUCUGUGCUCCCCUAAAUAAGCUUGCUUCUUCCUGCAGUAGGGGCUGAAAACGUGCUCACCAGCUGCUAUGCCAAUGUCCUUUGGCUUCACAGCUGCCUAUCCUUGAGCUUGGGAAGCUCUGAGGUCUAGCAGUUGUGCUUAGACCUUUCCCACUGUCACAGAGCAUGUGUUUUCAGAACACAGUUACUACUAAAUCUCCCCUGAAUUGAACCAUUUUGAAUUUUUAUUGAGCAGCAUUAAUGGAUUAUUUCUUAACUUAAGGGGUUUGUGUGCAUUUUUCAUAUAUGAGUAUAUAUACACACAUGCACACAAUUCGUAUUGUAUGUUUGUAUUGCCAGGUAUCACAUUGAAAGCCUUCUCUAGCAAAGAGGUUGUAUUUUUCUUAUAUCAAACUUUCCAGUUAGUUACUCAGAAGCUAAACUAAGACUUAGUUCUUGCUAUCUGAGGGCAAAAGAACUGAAUACUGUUUUACCAAGUAGGCUGUGUGGAAGUGUUUAAAAUGCUCACUGAUUUGACACCCUCCAUUAGGAAAGCUAUUUAACCUUAUUUCCUCUUAUCAAGGCUUUGCACCUGAGCUGCUGUGGCUGCCUGUAUGUCCAUCUGCCCCGUCUUAAACACGUAAACAAUACAUGUUCCUCAACAUUUCCUGCCUGCUAAGUCUUAACGUUACCCAAGACAAGGCCGAAGGGCAGCAGAGACGACCAAGGGAACCACAGGCAAAGAAAAGAACCCUGACAAACUGCUGUUUAAUUGAUUACUACAUGAGGACUAAAAUAAGAGGAAAUAUUCAAGAGAACAAACUGCAGCUAGAGAUUUCUGGCAGGGCUACUGAGGAAAAUCAUGUGUGAUACACUCUGAAGUUGGAAGACACUGGGAGAGAUCCACAAUUUCUUUUCAGUGUGGAGCAGAGAUGGGAAACAUUCACCAGACUGGUGGUCUUCAGCAGCUCUUAAAAUCCCCUCUAUUUUAUCUACAUGUUGUUUCCACAGACAGACUCAGUCCUGCUGUGCUGGUGUAUCAAGCUGAUUGUAAACCACUCUCUGUGUCUCCUCCUUUAGGCUCUGCAUGAUGUCAGUCUCUUCCCUUAGCCUGCACUGGAAUCCCACAUGGUUUGGUUCCGCUGGGAGCCUCUUCAGCACCUGCCCUGCCAGUGGCUUGAUGCUGCUUUCAGCACAGGUGAUAAGACCUGCAGGUUUAGAUCAGCAGGUCUUUAAUGCAGGUAUGAAGCCAGCUGGUUGGCUCUGUUAGGGCUCUAAGAACUACAGUUCUGGGCUGGAUGUAGGCAAUAGCAGGAAGACAUCCCUGGGUUCUGCCCUUUCUUUGUGUUAGGGUUUUUUUGUGGGUGAUAUUUUCCCAAACCCUUUUGUUUCUCUUUCUUACUUUCCCACUUUCCUUCCUUUUUCCCAUGAAUGAAUCAGGACCUAAAGUGUUUUUUACAUAUCUGAUGAUGCACAUCACCAGGAUUAUUUUUAAGCCAUUUUUUUAAAAUUUUGGCUGGGUUUCCCCAGUUUCAGAAGUAAUUUUCUCAAUUGUAAUGCUAAUCACUUCCCAAGUCUUUUUGGUUGCUACUACUUCUUCAGCAUCUGUAGCAAAAUUCUGCCUCUCUGCUGCAUGCAUCACUUUUUCUCCUUAUCUUGUAUCCCUUAGAGCUGCCUAGGUGGCAUGGAUGUGGCUUAGCCAUUCUUCAAUUAGUAGUGAUUGAAUGGAAUAGGGAAUGCUUUUACAGGGAUGCAGAAAUGCUGUGUCAGCACUUUGAUCUUUUAUACAGAAGUUUAUUUAUCAUUCCUCUUUUAUCCUGAAGGUGAAAUUAAUUUUAAGCAAUCCUGGCAAUAGUUUCUGCAGAAUACUUUGCUGGCUCCUUAGAAAAAGCACUUUAGUAAUGAACAUCAGUUACUCUUGUCAAAAUUGAUGACUGAAGAAAGAAUGUUUUCCUAUGUGUCAUACCCUUCCAGUUGCACCUUCCCAUCUUUCAGAGACCUGUAUACUGUGCAACCAUGUGGCAACUGUCAGCACAAUCCGUUUUAGCAUCACAUAAAUGGCUAAGAGAAUAAUGUGCUGAUUGAGGAGACUGGUAGCAGGUAGAUGUUUAAACUAGGAACCAGGCUCAGGGGUACUGCAGGAGAUGUCUUCUACUUGUCUUGUUGUAGGAACAGACUUUCUCUGUACACUUUGAAAGUGGCAGCAGUGCAGACUGGCUCCUUUUAUCUGAAGCUUUGUGGCUCCCUCAUAAUGCUUAGACUUUGUUAUCAGAACAAAGGCUGCAUUCUGCUGACAGUUAGGAGCUGUGGCUGAUGCACACCUCUUCCUGUGAACUCUCCCUGUGUUGGUGUUAAGGUCAACAGCUGUUGAUAGCUCUUCUCUCUUAGGUAUGACUCACUCUCACCUAAUUCAUGUCCCCAGGAAGGAAAGCUGAGAGAUGACUGGGGAAGAAGGAAAAUAAUUUGAUCUUGAAAGGCAAGGGGAAACUUGGUGAGGCAGGAGUAUUUAUUAUGUAUUUAAUCUGAUUGCCUAAUCAGUGCAUAAUUUGUUGUGCAGUACAAAAGGUCUUGCUUACCCUUUGCUGUCUCCAGGUUUGUUUGUUUUUAUGUGGAAUACUGAACAGAUCCAAUUGCUGCUGUUAGAAGGAGAAGCGUGGCUACCAAGAGGGGUCUGUAAUGUUUUCCUUUACUUGGAGGUUUAUUGAAUGCUAAAUUGCCUUUGUGCAUUCUUCAUAAUGUACCAUAUGCAAAUAUUCUUCAGGAAUUGAUACCACCACUUCAGAUGUUCAAUAUUUUCUAUGUAAGAACUGUACGUUUCCUAUACUGCCAAGAAUGUAUAUAUAUAUAUAUCUAUGAAGACUUAAGAUUGUAUCUUUUUGAGCAAGCCUCUUUCUUCAACCAUCUGAAACUUUCUCCCUGUUUCUCUAGUACUCUGCUAAUUUAUUAGACACUUGUGUUACAUUGUGUACUUUUUUGUAUCAGCUGUAUUGCUGUAUUUCUUCUUUCUUUCAUUAAAAUCUGUUCUUCUCA